AUGGAAAUCACAAUAUUCAUUCUCAUAACAAUAAUUCAUGUUGUAACAGGUUCAAAGACAAAAAGUCAUCCUCCAGUUGAUCUUCUAACAGCUACGAUUCCUCAACUCAAAGAAGCCUUGAGCAGUCAUCAAUUUACAUCGAAACAAUUGAUUCAGUGGUAUUUAGAACGCAUUACCAAAGUUAAUCGAAAAGGUCCCAAACUUCAUGCUGUUAUUGAAACAAAUCCAGGUGCAAUGAAAAUUGCUCAUCAACUUGACCUUCAUAAAAGCUUUCAUCAAUCACGCCCAUUGAAUGGUAUACCAGUCCUUGUCAAAGAUAAUAUUGCUACGGCCGAUAAAAUGAAUACAACAGCUGGAUCCUAUGCUCUACUUGGUUCAAGAGUACCACGAGAUGCUUUUGUUGUCGAAAAACUACGAAAAGCCGGUGCAAUUAUUCUUGGUAAAGCAAGUUUAUCAGAAUGGGCUGGUUUUCGUGCUUCGAAUUCAACACGUCAAGGGGUUUCAGCAAGAGGUGGAAUUUCAAAAUCAGCUUAUCUAACGGAUGGAGAUCCGUCUGGGAGUAGCUCCGGGCCGGCAAUCGCUGUUUCUAUCGGCUUAUGUGCUGCUGCAUUAGGAACUGAAACAGAUGGAAGUAUAAUUCAACCAGCUGGUCGUAAUGGAAUUGUUGGUUUGAAACCAACUGUUGGUUUGACUUCAAGAUCAGGUGUCGUGCCAAUUUCACAUCGACAAGAUUCUAUUGGACCGAUGGGAAGAACGGUAGGUGAUGUCGCCUUGCUCUUGGAAGUAAUACAAGGUGAAGAUUGGCGAGAUGAUGCAACACAGAAUGUUCCGAUGCGACAAUCGAAUUAUACACAAUAUCUAAAGGGAACAAAUGGUUUUAAAAAUAUGCGUCUUGGUAUUGUUAGACAAGGUAUAUUUACGAAUUUAAACAGCGAAGUUGUUUCAACAUUUGACAAAGCAAUUAAACUCAUGAAAUCGCACGGGGCUCAUAUACAAGAUCCCAUGGAUAUCGACACAAUCGAUGAGAUUAUGAAUGGUACCGCUGAAGUAGAAGUACUUCUUAUGGAUUUUAAACAAGAUAUUCAACAUUAUCUAAGUGAACUCAUCCCAAAGAGGACCAAAGUUCCUCGAACAUUAGCUGAUCUUAUCGACUUUAAUAACCAUCAUUCAAAUAAAGAAUUUUCAACUUAUAUGCCAGAUCAAGAUUAUUUUCUCAUGGCAGAAAAUUCGACGACGACCGAAAAUAUAACAGACUAUAUCCGAUUGAGCAAAAGUGUUGAACAAAUAAUGAAUAAAUACAAUGCAGAUGCGUUAGUUUUACCAGCUGAUGUAUUUCCAUCCCCAUCGGCUAUUAGUGGACUACCAACAAUAACAGUACCGCUUGGGUAUUUAAAUAAAACAGAAGGACUACAACCAUUUGGCAUUGCAUUCAUAGCAAGAGCAUGGAAUGAAGGAAUUUUAUUACAAUUAGCUCAUGCAUUUGAACAA